CGGAGCCUCGAGAGACCCGCCUGGGUCGUUACAUAUGCGAUAGCCAUUGAUACUUUUCUUUAUUUUUUCGUUUGACGCUGCCAGGAUGUUAAGAAAAUUCCCAGAAAUAUGCUUCUAAAAUAAUUGCCUUCCCCAUAUUUAGUUGCUAAAAGAUGUCCAGAAAAGCAUUGGUACAAACCCAAUAGCUAGAAUUACAAUACUCUUUUUCUUCCAAAAUUGAGAAGUUAACAGCGAUUUGAACGUUUUGGGUUAGUAUAUUAUUGCAGGAGAGAAGUUUGGAGAAUUAAUUCCCUGCCGAUACAAGACUACAUUACCCACUGAGCAUUGCGCCAAUAAUACGGAAGAAGCUGUGUCUAGGAACAAAAAAAAUGCCAUGGAAGAUGUCGGGUUGUAAAUAGAGGUCUUCCUUAAAAAAUAGCGGUAUUUUCUUAUUCAGGAUGAUGUAGAGAUUAUGUAAAGUAUACUAGACUAUCCGUUACACACUAGUUUGUAUUCCCGAACGUUGCAAGCGAGCCAAAAAACAUUUAGGUGAUAGCAGUCGGGCUCCUUUGCUGAUCAUCGUAAGCCGUACAUAAUGGCCAAGCUGGAGCGACUGAACGCCCGUGUGGCAAAGCUGUUGACCGUGGCGGUGCAGGAGGUGCUGGAGGUGGUGAAGGAGACCGUGUCGGAGUACCAGGACAAAACCACCCGAACCCAGAGGGAAAACGAGAGCCUGAAGAGGAGACUACAGGAACUCCAGGACAAGUUGCUUCAAGACGACGCGGAUCGCAUUGCUGCCCUGUCUGUGUGUUUGAAUAAAACCACCCAACAUGAAAGAGCAAAGGAUGAAAUUCCUGGUGGGGGACCAGAACCGAAACUAUCUCCAGCCCAGCCGGAGAAGGAGGAGGAACGAAAGGAGGAUUUGAUGUUCUCCAGGGACUCGGAUGGGGCCUACUGGAUCCCUGAUGAGGAUCAGGACGAUUCCAUGACCCAAAUGAUCUCCAACUCCACAUCCGUGAGUCCUCCAUGUUCUUCGAUGCCGCGACCAGUAAAGAGAGAGUCUGAUGCGCUACAGGAUCCAGGCUCACCUGGGCAGGUGAAUCAGCGGGAAAUGUUCCAGUGUGGAGUUGCGGGAGGCAGAUCACAGGACAGUGGGGGUCCAGUUGGCGAGCCGGAGGACCCGGGCAUGGCUGACAUGGGACGCUACUCCCUCGAGGCCAAAGAAGAGAUGGAUGAUGAUGAUGUAGCAGCCAAUCAGGAGUCAUAUCCUUUCUUGGGUUCUACUGGUGCUCUCCCCUACGAGGCCUCUGCCAGACUGAAGUCCAUUGUCGGCUCCUUCCUCCAGCAGCAGAAACGCCAUGGACCCAAUCUGGACCCAGGCCCGUCUAACAAACCCAUUCCUCAGACCGACCCGAUGUCCAAUCAAAACUGCUCUGUCAUCCCUAUGCCAUAUCACAACAGUUCUACUGGCCCUCCUUUAAACCGUUUCCCUGGAGACAGUCGUCCUGGUUCUCCAACCCUUUUCACCCCGCAGCAGAUCAAAACCGAGCCUGAUUGGGCUCAGUCGGGUCCAGCAGGUUACUUCCAUGAACCCCCGUCCUGUUUCGGAUCAGAACCCUUUGCUCUGAACCACACCGGGGCAGAAGAACCCUUUGACUGGGCUGGCUCUGACCUAAACCCACUAUCCUGUGAACCAGCCAAAGCAGCUGCUAGUCAGCCAGGGAGCAGCACGUUACAGACAGCAGUGGGUCAACCCAAGCGGUAUUGCUGUACGCUCUGUGGCCGGUCAUUCAAACAUGCUGGAGACUUCAAGAAGCACCACCGGGUCCACACUGGGGAAAAACCUUAUUGCUGCUCAGUGUGUGGCAAGCGGUUCAGCCAGUCGGGCUACCUGAAGAUCCACCUCCGCUACCACACUGGGGAAAAACCUUACUGCUGCCCGGUGUGUGGAAAGUCCUUCAGCCAUUCUGGCUACCUGAAGAUCCACCUCCGCUACCACACUGGGGAGAAACCAUACACCUGUGAACACUGUGGCAAGGGCUUCAGCCACUCCAGUAACCUCAAGAAACACAAGCUCACCCAUCAGGCAUCGCACAUAAUGGCAAAGCUUGAGCGACUGAACGCCCGUGUUGCCAAACUGUUGACCGUGGCGGUGCAGGAGGUUCUGGAGGUGGUGAAGGAGACGGUGUCGGAGUACCAGGAGAAAACCGCCCGAACCCAGAGAGAAAACGAGAGUCUGAAAAGGAGACUACAGGAACUCCAGGACAAGUUGCUCAAAGAGGACGCAGAUCGCAACUCUUCACUGUCGGAGUGCUUAAGUAAAACCAGCCAAUAUGAAAUACCAAAGAAUGAGAUUCAUGAGGUGGAACCAGAACCAAAGCUGUCUCCAACACACGAAGAGGAGGAGGAGAGGAAGGAGGAGGUGUUGUACACGAGGGACUUGGACCAAGCCGCCUGCGUCAGUUCCCCUGGUCUUGUCACUGACCGCUUGUCUAACGGAACGAACGCCACCAUGACGGGUAACAUGUCUUACUGGCUAUCUGGCGAGGAGCCGAACAACCCCAUGACCCACAUGACCUCCACGUCGGUACACCCAACCUGCUCUCUGACGCUCCCGCCCAUCAAAACGGAGCCUGACACCCUGGACGACGCACGAGGCAGCGGGGGGAGUGGCGUACCACCGCACGCGGCGCCACAGGACCCCGUCGCGGACGACCCGGCCAAUUACGCCGAGUCCAGCGGCCUCAGCUCCUUCGUCAACUCCUUCCAGUUCGAGUGUCCCCAGGAGCUGGCCCCCGGGGGCCCGGCGGCCGGGGGGACUGCGGCGGGGGGCCCCGGCCGAUGGGGGGGCGGCGGGCGGCCGGACGAGACCUACAACUGCUCGUUGUGCGGGAAGACCUUCAACCGCAUGGGGAACCUGCGCAGCCACCUGCGCUGCCACACGGGAGAGAAGCCGUACGGCUGCCAGCACUGCGGCAAACUGUUCAGUCACAUAGGGAACCUCCAGAAGCACACGCGCAUCCACACCGGGGAGCGGCCCUACGCGUGCCUGCGCUGCGGGAAGCGCUUCAGCCAGUCCAGCCACCUGAAGAAGCACCAGCGCAUCCACACGGGGGAGAAGCCCUACUACUGCAGCCACUGUGGCAAGAACUUCAGCCGCCGAGAGAACCUCAAACGCCACCAGAAGAUUCACCAACAGCGACACCCGGCCUUCAGGAAGCAGUGAUGGUUCCCCUAGUGCUGGGCCACGUUCUGGUAUAGGAAUCCUGGUCGUCCAGAGCCUGGAACAAAAGCCCCUUUCUCUAUCAGCGCGCCCACCCGUGUGGGCCGGUUUUCCAUACAAACUUGUAUGUGGGGUCGACACGAGUGCACAAAGGUUGAACACUCUCCCGCCUCGUUCCCGUUUUACUGAUGGCACGAUACUCCACGAUGGGCUUAAACUGUCUUUGGCAUGGUUAACAGCAACGCUUUCUACCGCCACCGCCCAAGGCAUUGGAGAAGCAAAUCGUGACGUGAUUCAAACCUUAGUUCUGAACACGGCUGAGAAAGACUCAAAGGUGUCUUUAUUUGGAUUUGUGUUGUGGAUCACGAGGACAGGAAGCAAGGCCUCAAAAGUUACCCAUUUAACCUACUACAAGCCGUAACUUCUAAACCCUGACCCUGAACCUUAACCUCUGACUAGAAUACAGAAUCUAACCAUAACUCAUGACUAGGGCUGUAACGAUACGCGUAUCGAAACCGAAAUCGCGACACUCAAAGCCACGAACCUGUCUCGCGUGCGAGAAGGCAGAAGCGCGAUACGCCCUUUCUAACUCUCCGGUCAAAAUGUCAGAUUGAAAUGUGCUAAUAAUAUGUCUAAAUAAUAGUCUGCUGACACCGCUCCUCUUAUCGAUGCCGCAAGUCUGCAACGAGAUGCCCUCUCUGUGAUGACAGCUCUCCGUGGCUACGGUGGAUUGCAUUUCUCCACAGCCGUCGAAGUCCUCACAUGCGAUAUGAACGACAUUUAUCCAGAGUGGGCCAAGCGUGAAAAAAAUAGCCUGUGUGAUCCCUGUCUCUAUUGUUUUGUGUGAUUUGACCGGCAGUUGGUCUGCGGAAUGAAGCGGCCACCGAUUAUUGACAGGAUGGGUAAUUUAUUCUACCAGACUCGUUAGUUUCUUCAAUAGACACACACGCUACCACUCGUUCUCCUCGCUCGUCCACUCACUCGCUGACGUCACUCACACACGCACACUGCCAUUCUCGCACACACACAUGCGCUACUCGUAACACUUUGCCUCGUUAUUGCAACGUUCAUGUUAGACGUUCAUGUUUUUUCCCAUCUAAUUGAAAGUUAGGCUAUUAAACAUGUUGCAUUCUAUACGGCCUGAUUAUGUCAUUAUUUAAGCUACAUAGCCUAAUAAGAAGCGCUAUAGAAUAUUUGACCAAACCACCAAACUGGUUUUUGCCUACCUGCAAGCAUCCUCCAAGUGCAAUCUUUGGUUAUUUAUUUAUUAAUUUAGCUAUACUUUAGCAAUAUUCUUUCUGUUCAAAUCAGUUCAGUGUUCCAAAUUAUUUGUUAUUCAAUUUUACAUUAAGUUAAUUGUUAUUUAAGUGUUAAAUAAAAUGCUUCUUAAAUUUAAAAAAAUCGUGGGAUGUAUCGAACCGUGGGUCAAAAAUCGUGAUACAAACCGAAUCGUGAGUUUGUGUAUCCUUACAGCCCUACUCAUGACUCAUAGCCUAACACUAUGACGUAACCCGUAACGUCUCGUCCUGACCCUAAGUUUUAUUUGGUGCUAACAAAGCACAUGCUUCAGUUCUAAAUUCACGGGAAUUUUACCCUUACCGUAUUACAUUGCAACAUGUACUUUACUGCUCCCUAUACUGUACUGCGCUACCCGACUGAUUUUAAGCUAGAGGUCUUGACUGGGCUCAAUGGGCUGACCUAGCGGAACAGACCUUUGAGUGAUAGGGUCAGAGACAAUUUUCCAAUUUGUGAACUUUUUUUUAAUCCAUUUUAUAUCAGAUAAUCCACACAAGCUCACAAAAUACAAAAUCUACUCAAAAGAUAACAUGACAAACAUUGUGAAGAUAGGUUUAAAAAGCAGCAUCUAUGUUUACGUUAAGGAACAAAGCCCGUCCCUCUAGUUGUGUGUGUGGUUAAUAUAUGACUUGUUAUCAUUUUUACGAAUGGAGGUAAGUAUUUGAUUUAAUUAAACGACAAGGCUUAAUCAAACGCAUCAAUGCUUUUCUCCUGCUUACUACUCCGCACGCCGGCUCCCUCUUCUGGCGGGUCAGCGUCACGACCAGAGAAAUACUUGAACA